ACCUCUGAUCAGCGAGUGGAGAACCUCGGAGGGACCAGAAUAUGGACCCCAUGGUUGAUAACACCACUGAUUACUACAAUUAUGGCUGGACCCUGCUCCCUGGCCAACCGGUGGAUGCCUCUUCCAGAACCCUCAAGCUGCACGCUCCCGACGUGAUUGCCCUGGUGAUCUUUGUCAUUGUCUUCCUGGUGGGAGUGCCGGGCAAUGCCCUGGUGGUCUGGGUGACGGGAUCCGAGGCCAAGCGGACCAUCAACGCCAUCUGGUUUCUCAACCUGGCGGUGGCUGACCUCCUCUCCUGCCUGGCGCUGCCCAUCUUGUUUGCAUCCAUCUUGCAGCACAACCACUGGUCCUUCGGGGACGCCGCCUGCCGAAUCCUGCCCUCGCUCAUCCUGCUCAACAUGUACGCCAGCAUCUUGCUCCUGGCUACCAUCAGCGCCGACCGCUUCCUGCUGGUGUUUAACCCCGUUUGGUGCCAGAACUUCCGAAGGGCCCACCUGGCCUGGAUGGCCUGUGGCAUGGCCUGGGGCCUGGCUCUGCUGCUGACCAUACCUUCCUUCCUGUUCCGAACGGCUCGCCAGGAGUACUUCCCGCCCAAGACGAUGUGCGUCGUGGACUAUGGUCGAGACGGUUUCUACAUAGAGAGGGUGGUGGCCCUCAUCCGGCUGAUCGUGGGCUUCCUGGGGCCGCUGGUCACCCUCUCCAUCUGUUACACCUUCCUCCUGAUCCGCACGUGGAGCCGCAGUGCCACGCGCUCCACCAAGACGCUCGAGGUGGUGGCGGCAGUGGUGGGCAGCUUCUUCAUCUUCUGGCUGCCCUACCAGGUGACCGGGGUGAUGCUGGCCUUCUUCCACAGGCAGCUGGACAUCUUCAAGUUCGUGUCCAGUUUGGAUGCCCUGUGUGUCUCCAUUGCUUACGUCAACUGCUGCAUCAACCCCAUCAUCUACAUGGUCGCUGCCCAGGGCUUCCACGCCCGGUUCCUCAAGACCCUUCCUUCCAGGCUCCGGAAAGUAUUGACCGAGGAGUCGGUGGGCAGGGAGAGCAAGUCCAUCACGCUCUCCACGGGGGACACCCCAGCCACGAAGAGCCACGCGGUGUAAGAGCGGCUUCCCAGGCCACCGUCGUCCCGGUGUGCCAGCAAACGUCUGGUCCAUUCACUUUCUGCGCAUCCGGACUCAGCCCUCGGCAAGGUGGCGGUGUCCAGGUGACCUGGGCUCCCGUCUUUCUGUCUUUCCCGGACUUGUCCUUCCUCUUCCAGGUAAACGCCUCUCCUCAUUCUUCAUGUCCAAGGUGAACACGUCCUUACAGGGACACUCAACCUUUCUUUCCACCCAAGGACUUUGGAAAACAAACAGCCACCAAUAUACCUGGAGUCUUCCCCCAGAGUAACACAGGCGUUGAGAAGAGACUGUAUUUUACGUUCCUACGCAGCAUAGACUAUGUUAGAUACGUAGCAUCUGGACCCACAGACACAUUCUAACCUUUAAAAAAUAGUUCUGUAUUUAUUUUAUGAAGAGUUGGCCCCACAUUUGAACAGGCAUCUCCAAAGCUAUUCUUGUUUAGGACAAAGCAAAAAUCCAUGCCCCUAUCUUGGCUAUGGUCAGUGAGUGGAUUUAAAGAAGCGUUUUAAAAAAAAAAGGAGUUCCUGCUGUGGUGCAGUGGGCUAAGAAUCCGACUGCAGCAGCUUGGGUCGCUGCAGUGGUGCUGGUUCGAUCCCUGGUCUGGAGCAGUGGGUUAAGGAUCUGGCGUUGCUGCAGCUGUGGCGGAGGUGGUAGCUGCCGCUCGGAUUCCAUUCCUGGCUGGGGAACUUCCAUAUGCUGAGGGUGUGGCUAUUUAAAAAAGAAGAAGAAGAAGAAGAAGAAGAAGAGUGAGUUAGUACCUUACUUAACUGGGUUUUUAAGAAAGUAUUAAGUAAAAAGCUGUUAUGUGGUUACGGCUGAAAAGCACGCCUUGAGGAAGGGACCUGGACUUUGGAAACGCUGGCUGGGUUCCUCCAGGAAGUGGGCUGUUCCCUGUUAUCCUUUGUCAUUUGCUGUUUGCUUUGCCUCUAAAACAAAAUGAGACGUUUUAUCUUGACCUCAUUUAGAUGCUCACGCAAUUGUAGGUAAUAAUACAGAGGGAUCCCGCAAACCUUUGACCUAGUUCCUGCCAUAGGAACAUCUUGCAAAAUGACAUUACGAUAUUACGGCUAAGAUGUUGACAUGACUAUGGUCAAGGUGCAGGCCAUUUUCAUCACGGCCCGGAUCCCUCGUCACAUCCUUUCCUAGCCUGCCCCACACCCCGCUACCCUCCCCGGCCUUGUCCUGAACUCCUGGCUACCACGGAUUCGCUCUCCGUCUCUGUAAUGUGGCCCUUUCAAGAAUGUUCUGUGUAAAUCCACUAUGAUACUGUGUAAAAAGAAGGAUGCCCAAUCAAGGGACUCUAUACAGCCCGUAACCUUUCGACUUUUAAGAAACCGAGUAAGCCCUGCUUGAAAAGUGAAACUAAAAAAUAAUAAAUGUUGAAAUGUUGUGUCAUUU